AUGCUUUUAUUUUACUUGUUGCCAUUACUCUCGCUGGGCGCGAACGUCGCCGCAAAACCAAAUGCAUGUCCUAUCUUCGGGCCGGCCUUUCCAGCUCCCACGGAGAUUGGCAGCGACCCAACAUUUAUCGCAGCGACGCAAAAUCUCACUGCACAAAUAAAACAAGCUAUUCAGUCUGGUCAGCUGGCUGGAAAUUCAAUAUCCGUGCAACUAUUCAGCGGAAGUGAUUCAUAUACCGCAUAUGGCCUUUCCCACACGGAUGACUCGGUGCGCCAUGGAUCUGUCGGAGUUCGAGAAGUGGACGAGAAUACCGUGUUUCGCAUUGGUAGCAUUUCCAAGUUAUGGACUAUGCUACUAUACAUGACAUUCAAUGGAACCAAGCACUUCCAAGAGCCCGUUUCCAGAUAUGUGCCCGAGCUGCGAAGCCCUUACAACGACUCUCAGCAAGUUAACCAAAUCGACUAUGUGAACUGGGAUGAAGUGACGAUCGGUGAACUCGCCAGUCAUCAAGCAGGAAUUCCAAGAGACUAUGCUUUCAUGGAUCUGGCAGCAAGCGCCCCUGCCCAGGCUCUUACUAGAAUGGGAUUACCAUCGCUCCCCAAGUCUAAGCAAAUGCCAUGUGGGAAUGCUCCGUUCCCACCAUGCAACAGAAAACAGUUCUUUGAUGGGAUUUUAGACACCCAGCCAAUCGCGGCAACUUCCUCCACGCCACUAUAUUCAAAUGCUGGAUAUCAGAUACUGGGCUAUGCACUCGAAGCAAUUGCACAGAAACCAUUCCAAGAAAUUCUUCUGGAGCGUAUCAUUGAGCCCCUGGGAUUGUCCCGUUCGAGCCAUAGCAUGCCCGACCCAAAUUUGGCGGUAAUUCCGUCGGACCUGACAUCUAGUCAGUUCAAUUUGGACAUUGGAGAUGCAAUCCCUGCUGGGGGCAUCUACUCCUCGCCAAAAGACAUUUCCACCCUCGGCCGCGCCAUUUUAGCCAAUACUAUUGUCAGUCCAGCAAUGACGAGACGUUGGAUGAAACCAGCAAGCCACACGGCGUCUUUGCAACUCUCCGUGGGACAUCCGUGGGAGAUCAUGUCCUUUAAUGAGCCACGUCUUGUCGACCUCUACACCAAAUCUGGGACUAUUGGAACGUAUAAUUCCAUAAUGGCUCUUUCCCCAGACCACAACGCAGGCUUCGCGAUACUUAGCGCCGGAAACGGUACCUUUGCUCUGCCAAUGAAGUUGGGUGAACAGAUUGCCGAAACUAUGCUUCCUACAUUGGAGCAGAUAGCCAAGAGCCAGGCCGCGCAGAGAUUUGCUGGGACAUAUGCCUUAGAGGACGGCACCUCUAACUCGUCCAUCACAAUUGUUACGGAUGAUGAACCAGGACUGAAGAUUGCGAAAUGGAUCAGCAACUCCGUGGAUAUGGGCCAAGCUUUUGCAGCAAACGCGGGUCUUCAAGACACUCCUUCUCUGCUUAGCAUGCGUCUGCAACCCACCGGUCUCAAAAGCCCUGGCCGUAUUUCGUUUUCAGCGGUCAUUCAGGGUCUAAGCCCACAACCAACUUCAGGGACCAUACCUUCGGCUUGCAUGACUUGGCUCGAGCUCGACUCUUAUAUCUAUGGGAAUGUUGGUGUGCCGGAGUUUGAGUUCAAUCUGAGUGAGGCAGGCGAUGUGGUUAGCCUUACUCCUCGCGCACUACGCAUUACCCUUCCUAAACUCUAG